AUGGGGAUGUGGGUCAAGGAUGGGGAUGUGGGUCAAGGAUGGGGAUGUGGGUCAAGGAUGGGGAUGUGGGUCAAGGAUGGGGAUGUGGGUCAAGGAUGGGGAUGUGGGUCAAGGAUGGGGAUGUGGGUCAAGGAUGGGGAUGUGGGUCAAGGAUGGGGAUGUGGGUCAAGGAUGGGGAUGUGGGUCAAGGAUGGGAUGUGGGUCAAGGAUGGGGAUGUGGGUCAAGGAUGGGGAUGUGGGUCAAGGAUGGGGAUGUGGGUCAAGGAUGGGGAUGUGGGUCAAGGAUGGGGAUGUGGGUCAAGGAUGGGGAUGUGGGUCAAGGAUGGGGAUGUGGGUCAAGGAUGGGGAUGUGGGUCAAGGAUGGGGAUGUGGGUCAAGGAUGGGGAUGUGGGUCAAGGAUGGGGAUGUGGGUCAAGGAUGGGGAUGUGGGUCAAGGAUGGGGAUGUGGGUCAAGGAUGGGGAUGUGGGUCAAGGAUGGGGAUGUGGGUCAAGGAUGGGGAUGUGGGUCAAGGAUGGGGAUGUGGGUCAAGGAUGGGGAUGUGGGUCAAGGAUGGGGAUGUGGGUCAAGGAUGGGGAUGUGGGUCAAGGAUGGGGAUGUGGGUCAAGGAUGGGGAUGUGGGUCAAGGAUGGGGAUGUGGGUCAAGGAUGGGGAUGUGGGUCAAGGAUGGGGAUGUGGGUCAAGGAUGGGGAUGUGGGUCAAGGAUGGGGAUGUGGGUCAAGGAUGGGGAUGUGGGUCAAGGAUGGGGAUGUGGGUCAAGGAUGGGGAUGUGGGUCAAGGAUGGGGAUGUGGGUCAAGGAUGGGGAUGUGGGUCAAGGAUGGGGAUGUGGGUCAAGGAUGGGGAUGUGGGUCAAGGAUGGGGAUGUGGGUCAAGGAUGGGGAUGUGGGUCAAGGAUGGGGAUGUGGGUCAAGGAUGGGGAUGUGGGUCAAGGAUGGGGAUGUGGGUCAAGGAUGGGGAUGUGGGUCAAGGAUGGGGAUGUGGGUCAAGGAUGGGGAUGUGGGUCAAGGAUGGGGAUGUGGGUCAAGGAUGGGGAUGUGGGUCAAGGAUGGGGAUGUGGGUCAAGGAUGGGGAUGUGGGUCAAGGAUGGGGAUGUGGGUCAAGGAUGGGGAUGUGGGUCAAGGAUGGGGAUGUGGGUCAAGGAUGGGGAUGUGGGUCAAGGAUGGGGAUGUGGGUCAAGGAUGGGGAUGUGGGUCAAGGAUGGGGAUGUGGGUCAAGGAUGGGGAUGUGGGUCAAGGAUGGGGAUGUGGGUCAAGGAUGGGGAUGUGGGUCAAGGAUGGGGAUGUGGGUCAAGGAUGGGGAUGUGGGUCAAGGAUGGGGAUGUGGGUCAAGGAUGGGGAUGUGGGUCAAGGAUGGGGAUGUGGGUCAAGGAUGGGGAUGUGGGUCAAGGAUGGGGAUGUGGGUCAAGGAUGGGGAUGUGGGUCAAGGAUGGGGAUGUGGGUCAAGGAUGGGGAUGUGGGUCAAGGAUGGGGAUGUGGGUCAAGGAUGGGGAUGUGGGUCAAGGAUGGGGAUGUGGGUCAAGGAUGGGGAUGUGGGUCAAGGAUGGGGAUGUGGGUCAAGGAUGGGGAUGUGGGUCAAGGAUGGGGAUGUGGGUCAAGGAUGGGGAUGUGGGUCAAGGAUGGGGAUGUGGGUCAAGGAUGGGGAUGUGGGUCAAGGAUGGGGAUGUGGGUCAAGGAUGGGGAUGUGGGUCAAGGAUGGGGAUGUGGGUCAAGGAUGGGGAUGUGGGUCAAGGAUGGGGAUGUGGGUCAAGGAUGGGGAUGUGGGUCAAGGAUGGGGAUGUGGGUCAAGGAUGGGGAUGUGGGUCAAGGAUGGGGAUGUGGGUCAAGGAUGGGGAUGUGGGUCAAGGAUGGGGAUGUGGGUCAAGGAUGGGGAUGUGGGUCAAGGAUGGGGAUGUGGGUCAAGGAUGGGGAUGUGGGUCAAGGAUGGGGAUGUGGGUCAAGGAUGGGGAUGUGGGUCAAGGAUGGGGAUGUGGGUCAAGGAUGGGGAUGUGGGUCAAGGAUGGGGAUGUGGGUCAAGGAUGGGGAUGUGGGUCAAGGAUGGGGAUGUGGGUCAAGGAUGGGGAUGUGGGUCAAGGAUGGGGAUGUGGGUCAAGGAUGGGGAUGUGGGUCAAGGAUGGGGAUGUGGGUCAAGGAUGGGGAUGUGGGUCAAGGAUGGGGAUGUGGGUCAAGGAUGGGGAUGUGGGUCAAGGAUGGGGAUGUGGGUCAAGGAUGGGGAUGUGGGUCAAGGAUGGGGAUGUGGGUCAAGGAUGGGGAUGUGGGUCAAGGAUGGGGAUGUGGGUCAAGGAUGGGGAUGUGGGUCAAGGAUGGGGAUGUGGGUCAAGGAUGGGGAUGUGGGUCAAGGAUGGGGAUGUGGGUCAAGGAUGGGGAUGUGGGUCAAGGAUGGGGAUGUGGGUCAAGGAUGGGGAUGUGGGUCAAGGAUGGGGAUGUGGGUCAAGGAUGGGGAUGUGGGUCAAGGAUGGGGAUGUGGGUCAAGGAUGGGGAUGUGGGUCAAGGAUGGGGAUGUGGGUCAAGGAUGGGGAUGUGGGUCAAGGAUGGGGAUGUGGGUCAAGGAUGGGGAUGUGGGUCAAGGAUGGGGAUGUGGGUCAAGGAUGGGGAUGUGGGUCAAGGAUGGGGAUGUGGGUCAAGGAUGGGGAUGUGGGUCAAGGAUGGGGAUGUGGGUCAAGGAUGGGGAUGUGGGUCAAGGAUGGGGAUGUGGGUCAAGGAUGGGGAUGUGGGUCAAGGAUGGGGAUGUGGGUCAAGGAUGGGGAUGUGGGUCAAGGAUGGGGAUGUGGGUCAAGGAUGGGGAUGUGGGUCAAGGAUGGGGAUGUGGGUCAAGGAUGGGGAUGUGGGUCAAGGAUGGGGAUGUGGGUCAAGGAUGGGGAUGUGGGUCAAGGAUGGGGAUGUGGGUCAAGGAUGGGGAUGUGGGUCAAGGAUGGGGAUGUGGGUCAAGGAUGGGGAUGUGGGUCAAGGAUGGGGAUGUGGGUCAAGGAUGGGGAUGUGGGUCAAGGAUGGGGAUGUGGGUCAAGGAUGGGGAUGUGGGUCAAGGAUGGGGAUGUGGGUCAAGGAUGGGGAUGUGGGUCAAGGAUGGGGAUGUGGGUCAAGGAUGGGGAUGUGGGUCAAGGAUGGGGAUGUGGGUCAAGGAUGGGGAUGUGGGUCAAGGAUGGGGAUGUGGGUCAAGGAUGGGGAUGUGGGUCAAGGAUGGGGAUGUGGGUCAAGGAUGGGGAUGUGGGUCAAGGAUGGGGAUGUGGGUCAAGGAUGGGGAUGUGGGUCAAGGAUGGGGAUGUGGGUCAAGGAUGGGGAUGUGGGUCAAGGAUGGGGAUGUGGGUCAAGGAUGGGGAUGUGGGUCAAGGAUGGGGAUGUGGGUCAAGGAUGGGGAUGUGGGUCAAGGAUGGGGAUGUGGGUCAAGGAUGGGGAUGUGGGUCAAGGAUGGGGAUGUGGGUCAAGGAUGGGGAUGUGGGUCAAGGAUGGGGAUGUGGGUCAAGGAUGGGGAUGUGGGUCAAGGAUGGGGAUGUGGGUCAAGGAUGGGGAUGUGGGUCAAGGAUGGGGAUGUGGGUCAAGGAUGGGGAUGUGGGUCAAGGAUGGGGAUGUGGGUCAAGGAUGGGGAUGUGGGUCAAGGAUGGGGAUGUGGGUCAAGGAUGGGGAUGUGGGUCAAGGAUGGGGAUGUGGGUCAAGGAUGGGGAUGUGGGUCAAGGAUGGGGAUGUGGGUCAAGGAUGGGGAUGUGGGUCAAGGAUGGGGAUGUGGGUCAAGGAUGGGGAUGUGGGUCAAGGAUGGGGAUGUGGGUCAAGGAUGGGGAUGUGGGUCAAGGAUGGGGAUGUGGGUCAAGGAUGGGGAUGUGGGUCAAGGAUGGGGAUGUGGGUCAAGGAUGGGGAUGUGGGUCAAGGAUGGGGAUGUGGGUCAAGGAUGGGGAUGUGGGUCAAGGAUGGGGAUGUGGGUCAAGGAUGGGGAUGUGGGUCAAGGAUGGGGAUGUGGGUCAAGGAUGGGGAUGUGGGUCAAGGAUGGGGAUGUGGGUCAAGGAUGGGGAUGUGGGUCAAGGAUGGGGAUGUGGGUCAAGGAUGGGGAUGUGGGUCAAGGAUGGGGAUGUGGGUCAAGGAUGGGGAUGUGGGUCAAGGAUGGGGAUGUGGGUCAAGGAUGGGGAUGUGGGUCAAGGAUGGGGAUGUGGGUCAAGGAUGGGGAUGUGGGUCAAGGAUGGGGAUGUGGGUCAAGGAUGGGGAUGUGGGUCAAGGAUGGGGAUGUGGGUCAAGGAUGGGGAUGUGGGUCAAGGAUGGGGAUGUGGGUCAAGGAUGGGGAUGUGGGUCAAGGAUGGGGAUGUGGGUCAAGGAUGGGGAUGUGGGUCAAGGAUGGGGAUGUGGGUCAAGGAUGGGGAUGUGGGUCAAGGAUGGGGAUGUGGGUCAAGGAUGGGGAUGUGGGUCAAGGAUGGGGAUGUGGGUCAAGGAUGGGGAUGUGGGUCAAGGAUGGGGAUGUGGGUCAAGGAUGGGGAUGUGGGUCAAGGAUGGGGAUGUGGGUCAAGGAUGGGGAUGUGGGUCAAGGAUGGGGAUGUGGGUCAAGGAUGGGGAUGUGGGUCAAGGAUGGGGAUGUGGGUCAAGGAUGGGGAUGUGGGAUGGGGAUGUGGGUCAAGGAUGGGGAUGUGGGUCAAGGAUGGGGAUGUGGGUCAAGGAUGGGGAUGUGGGUCAAGGAUGGGGAUGUGGGUCAAGGAUGGGGAUGUGGGUCAAGGAUGGGGAUGUGGGUCAAGGAUGGGGAUGUGGGUCAAGGAUGGGGAUGUGGGUCAAGGAUGGGGAUGUGGGUCAAGGAUGGGGAUGUGGGUCAAGGAUGGGGAUGUGGGUGUGGGUGGGAAAUGCAAGGUGGCUUUGCCGGUUCCCCCUGA